CAAUUAGUGGCCAAUGAACGCUUUUUUCGGCUCGAAUGCAUCUUCUUAUGACUCAUCUUUUUUUGAAUUGUACGUUACGCUCCUUGAGAAAGAAUGACAUAACUCAACAUUUUUAAAUUUACAUUAUUGUCGAAAUGGAAGCUGUCAUGAACUCGGAGAAGCUUUUGAAAGAGAAAGUUCUCGUUUCCGCAGAGACGCAAACAACGGAAUCUGAGAUGAUUGCAACUGCCUUGAAAUCAAGGAAUGGGGCCGGAGAUGCAGUGAAGAACAAAAAUUAUUUAGCCAUGUCCGUUAAAGGGACCGUUAAAUGGUUUAACGUAAAAAACGGUUAUGGGUUUUUGACUAGAGAUGAUGACGGUCAAGACGUAUUCAUUCAUCAAACCGCUAUAAUUCGAAAUAACCCGCGAAAGUUACUUAGAAGCGUCGGAGACGGCGAAAAAGUUGAGUUUGAUGUUGUUGUGGGUUUAAAAGGCGUUGAAGCGGCAAAUGUUACAGGCCCAGAGGGUAGACCGGUCAUAGGUUCUCAACAUGCUCCUGAGAAAGAAGGAAGACGACCUUUAUACAGACAACCCAUGUCUGGCUAUCGAAGCCACUCAGCGUACGUCAAUCGCAAAUGGUGGCGUUCACCAUCAAAGCGUUAUGAAUCUGAUGAAUCGGAAGCGUCAAGACGAAGGGGUCGUCGAACAAUUUACAAAACGAUACAUCCCGAAAGAGAGGUAAGUACCACCGAAGAAAUUUCAACUCCAGAAACGUCACCACCAAAGACAAAGACUAGACAUCAAAUCAAAAAGACAAGUUCGGGUAAUGUUACAAGUUAUUCAAAAGGAGGCUUUAGAUUCCCAUACCGUAGUAGAUCGGCUGCUUUUUAUGAUUAUGAUGGUUACCAUUUCUAUCCGCCACAUAGUCGACGCCAGUUUUACUACAGUCCGUCGACUUAUCGACGUCCCCAAAGCGUUUAUUGCCCGAAUCUUCAACAGUCUACCCGCUAUUAA